AUGGCCGACGAAGUGAGCCCCGUCGCGGAGUUACUGGGACAAGUCAUCUACCAAUUUACCGUUCUCAAGCCCUUCCUGCCCACAUACGGACAUCUUCUCGUUUCUGCUAUCUUCCCGAUAUAUAUUGGUGCUCACGCAUCGCUAUCGAGACCAACAUCCGCUGCGAAACCUCCCAAGAAGAAAGGAAAGAAGGGCGGGCGCGAAACGGACGACGAAGAUGAAGAGGAAGGACAGGGAUCAAUGCCGAAGAUGGAAGGCCUCCAACCAUCAGAUGCUCUGAUGUUCCCGUUGACCGCUGGAUUGACACUGGGUGGUUUGUAUUUGGUGAUAAAGUGGUUGGGAGACCCGGCUAUUCUGAACAAGAUCUUGAGCUUCUACUUCUCCCAGAUGGGGCUAUUUUUCGCCGUUGCGUUCCUCAAGGAUAGUACUGUGGUGUUCCGGUCGUUUGUCUUUCCCAAAAAGUAUCGCCAAGGGGGAAAGAUUUGGAAAGCCGAUCAGUCAAAGCGUGUUUUCACAGUUGAUGACGGCUUGGAGACCGUUGAAGCUCGAAAGUCUCCUCUACCGGGCGUCCUUGGAAGCAUCCCAUUGCCCAAUUUUCUACUAGCAACACUUUGGUUCUAUCGUGAUCUCGCAUACCAACGGGUUAAGAUUCGUACUCAUGUGCGUGGCCUAUUCGACGCAAAGGGUCGGUUGGGUUUGUCGGAUCUUCUCAGUGCUAUCGUGGGACUUUGUGCAGUUGGCUAUUUUGCUUUCGUAACGAAACCUUGGUGGUUGACCAAUUUCCUAGGGUUCAGCUUCUGCUACGGUGCCCUGCAGUUCAUGUCACCGUCAACGUUUUGGACGGGUUCGCUCAUUCUGGGCUCUUUGUUCUUCUACGACAUCUACUUCGUCUUCUUCACACCGCUGAUGGUCACUGUUGCGACAAAGUUGGACAUCCCGAUUAAGCUCCUGUUCCCUCGUCCUCCUGGUCCUAGCGAAGCCCCCGACACGACUUCUCUGGCGAUGUUGGGAUUGGGUGAUAUUGUCAUUCCUGGCAUGAUGCUAGGAUUGGCACUGCGUUUCGACCUUUAUCUUUAUUACAAACGAAAAGGCUUGCGAAAGAUACAAGCAGAAGGUAAAGGCGAAGCUCUCAUUAAGCCCCAAUACCAAACUGCGACUGGAGGCUGGGGAGAGCGGUUCUGGACAGGAACAGUUAAGCCUAGGGGACCUGAGCUGGAGCCUCCGUAUAACGAUGCUCGGGCUUUCCCAAAGACGUACUUCAAGGCCAGCGUUAUUGGCUACAUCUCGGGAAUGGUUACAACGCUUCUCGCCAUGCAGUAUUCCAAGCAUGCUCAGCCAGCACUCUUGUACUUGGUCCCGGGUGUCCUAAUAUCUCUAUGGGGAACUGCGUUCUUCAGACGAGAAAUCAGCGAUAUGUGGGAAUUCUCUGACGCGGAAGAGGAGGAGGAAGAGGACGAAAAAGAAGGAAAGAAAGAGAAGACUGGAAAUGGCAAGGAGCAAAAGGAUCAAAACAAAGAGAAGAACACCAAGAGUGUUUUCCUUCGACUUCUUUCCGGCGAUGCCAGUGCACUUAAGCUUGAAACGCCCGAAAAUAAAUCCGACGAAAAAGAGAGCAGGGAGAAACGCGACAGUGGGGCCUCCAAGGAGGGUACCAAAGCACAAGGAAGUGACUCGACCAAGAAAGACGGCAAAAAAAAGAAGGAUAAAAGCCACGACUUGAAUCUGAUUUCGUUUUCUAUUUCACUUCCCCGAAAGUCCAAAUCCGAGUCCAAGAGCAAGGCCAAUGGCUCAUCGUCAGAACAUUCGGGGAGCGAGGAUCAGGACAAGCCCAUAAGGGUUCCUACUGUUACCCCUGAGCAAGACAGUGAACCUCCGGCAAAAAGACUACGGCGGAGCCCUAGGACGGCAGAUGCAAGCGCGAAUGCAACAGUGAGUUUGGUUGCUUAG